AGCCCGACCACCACCAUUGCAGGACCCUCACCAGGUCCUAUGAGCUGGGCAGCAGCUGUGCCCAUGGUGCACCGGGGGACCCACUGGCGCUCCAAGCGGGCAGGGUGCAUGGACGGAGAACAAGCUGUAUGAAAACAAGGUCCCCCUGCCACCCCUCCCCCUGGGCCAGUGACAUGGGAAGGAAGAGGGGACGGGGCCAUGACAAUGGGCUGCAGGGAGCUGACUCAAACAGCCAGUUCCUGGUCAUUUCCUUUCUCUCGGGGCUGGAGAAAGGGCCCGGAGGCGGGGAAGGCAGAGGAAGCUCACCCCCUCGGCGUGUUUUUGACACAAGGAUUAGUGCAUGACAAAAGCAAGCACCGUCUUGGCAGCAAGCAGAGCCCCACUGCCCUGCGCUGCACUGGCCCGCAGAGGACCCACGCUUCUCAACUGCUGACUGGACCACGGGGCACCACAGGGAGGGCAACUCACCACCCCCUACACGGUUGCAGAUACGCCUGUAGCCCCCUGUGCCAAGUGCAGCCAUGGCCAAAGCAGAGUCACUCCUCCUGUCGCGGCACCGGGGAGCCACCUCUAACCUAGACCUCGAGAACAAGAAAGCUGCCCACGCCAAGCUGCCAUGGCAGCAGCCGGUGAACGUGUUCCUGGCCUCCGGCCGCCCACCAGGCAUGGAGCAGCUGCACCAAGAGGCCCAGCUCAACCUCCAGAGCUUGCUGCAAGAAGAGUAUGAGGAGCAGUACACAGAGACCAGGGUCACCGGGCAGACCUUCCGCGCUGCCAGUCACCUGUCCCCGGACACUCCCUCCGAGCCAUCGCCCCGGCCCCCGCCUGCCAAGCGUCUCGAGUUCGUGCUUAUGCCCCCAAGCCGGCGAGCAAACGAAGACGAGACCACCUCUACCACACUUGGUGUGAGGCCUCCCGAGGCCUCCCUGAGCCUCCCCACCACCCCGGACAAGCAAACAGCCUGGACGAGGGCCUUCCCCCUGCCUACCGUGGAGGAGAAGCAGUGGCACCAGUCCUGCUCCAUCCAGACCAACGUCGUCCCCAUCAAUGUCUCUGGGCAGCACUUUACUAGGCACGCGAGUGCUCGUCACUCCCUGUUUAACACAGAGACCGCGAUGAACCCCAAGUCCACCCUGCGGCGUAGACGGACCAUUAUCGGAUUCCCUAACCUGUCCCUGCGAGACCAAGGCAGCACCAACGGCCCCACGUUCAACACACAUGCACCCAUCGCAGAGUCCGUGUCCUGCAGCUUCAUGUCUGAGACUGCUAAUGGGAGAAAGCCAACCCAGGAGAUAAGUCCCCAUCAGCCGCUUUCCGCCCCACUGAGGAAGACCUUCAGUGAUCUUGGGGAGACACUGCAGGCACGGUGCUACCAGCCACCCAUCAAGAUGGACAAUACAGCCAUGACUUACAGUGGUGCCUGCAACGGGCCCCAGGGCUCCACCUUCUCCCCACCAUGGAGUGCCGGUUCCUUCAGCUACGCAAGUCCCGCCGGCCCUGCUGCAGGCCUGAGCAAGGGGCCUGCAUGUGCCUCUCCAGGCAGCUCCAGUGCAUCACCCAACUUGGACUCUCCCGUGAACACUGACCAGGCAGCCUCCUUCUUCAUUGCAAAGGAGGAGCACGUGGGAAGCAAUGGGCCCAGCUCUUUCUCCUGUACAGUGCCCGAGUUCCCCCCAACCACCACAGGCAGCCAGGGGUGCGAGGGCCGAGAAACUAGAGUGAAUUUCUUGCCAGGAAGCAAAGAGGAGACAGAGACAGAGAUGGAGCCAUCACGCCUGGAGGUGGACCGGGGAGCCUGCCGGUUUCGUGAGCGGUCUUUGUCGGUGCCCACUGACUCGGGCUCCCUGUGCUCCAUGGACAUCACAUAUGGCGAGAACCGGAGGGGCAGUGCCAACUACACCUUGAACUACCCCAGUGCCAGCUCCGAGGGCAGCACAAGCACCGAUAAUAUCUCCCUGGGCCUGGAACAAGACACUCAGCAGAGGCGACGCUCCAAAAGCAUCUCCCUCAAGAAGGCAAAGAAGAAACCUUCACCGCCCACACGCAGCGUCUCUCUGAUUAAGGAUGAGCAAGUUACUUCAGCGGGAUCUGGCCCUGCGCUGCCAAAGGAUCAGAGACCCAAGAGCCUGUGCAUCCCACUAGACCCUCAGGGCCACCGGCUGGUGCACGCAGACCCACAGGGGAGGGCAGGCAGAGAGAUCGACAGUGUGGCCCUCUCCCACCAGUGGUAUCUCACGGACUGGAAGACUGGCGAUCCCUACCGGUCACUCUCUGGCUCCAGCACAGCGACAGGGACCACAGUGAUUGAGUGCAUCAAAGCACGGGGCAGCUCUGAGUCCCUCACAUCCCCCUCUAUUUCCAGGGCCACAACACCCUCCCAACUCUCCACAGAGGUGGACCUCAAAACCUCUUCCCCGGGUAGGCGCACUGGGCUGAUGUCCCCAUCCAGUGGGUACUCUAGCCAGUCAGAGACCCCAACACCGACCAUCCCCACAUCCACGAUCCUUGGGCACUCCCCACACCAGGUGCGUGUGAGGCCACUGGUCCCUGAGAGGAAGUCCUCACUGCCCGCCACAUCCCCCAUGGAGAGGAGCCCCAAGUCCAGGCUGUCCUUUGACCUGCCACUCACACCGCCCGCCCAUCUUGAUCUCUCAGGGCUGAAGAUCUCCUUGAAGGGGAAGACGAAAGUCAGCCGGCACCACUCUGACUCCACCUUCGGCACCAAGCUGGCCCAGAAGACCAGCCCCAUCCAGCCCAUCAUGCCCAUGGUCACGCAGUCUGACCUGCAGUCCGUCCGCCUGCGCUCCAUCAGCCGGUCAGAGCCGGAGGACAACGCGGACGGCCCAGACCAUGGCGAGGAGCCGCCACACGGUCCCUCCUCUGUGCCCGAGAGGAAGGUGAAGCCACCUGUGGCAGAGAAGCCACCACUGGCCAAACGGCCUCCAAGUAUCCUGCCCAAGCCCCUGGCCCUGCGGGAGGAGGGUCCCCUCUCCCCCACAUCCCCACCAAGCAUCACUGCCAAGGAGAAGGACAGCUUCAUGGUGCUGCGGAAAGGGGAGCUGAGGAGGAGUCCAGCAGAGCCCCUCUCGACACCAGCCUUGGUGGGGCCACGGCGGCUCUCACAGGGCAGCCUGGAGGAUGAGACACAUCCAGAGCGCAGUGGUGCCACUGAGGGGGAGCGGAGGAAGUCCAAGGUGCCCCCACCGGUGCCCAAGAAGCCCAGCGUGCUCUACCUGCCACUCACACCAGCCCCAGCUCAGCAGGGGGCCCGCACAGGGGACCAGGCACUGACCCCCAGCCCCAUCAUCACGCUGGACGCCGACCCCAGCUGCUGCGACCCAGAUGCCGACGACCUGCCUCCACCGGAGGCCCUGGUCACAUCGCAAGGUGGCGAGACCCCCUCUGAGCAAGGCAGCUCAACAGAGGCCAGCGCACAGGAAAAGAGCUUUGCAAGCCACAAGACAGCUGACUCCAUUGCGGAGGAGGAUGACGAUGUGUUCGUAGCAUCCCGCACGACAGAGGAUCUCUUCACUGUGAUCCACAGGUCGAAGAGGAAGGUGCUUGGGUGGAAGGAACCUGGAGACACUUUUGGCAGCCGAUCUAAUUCCCACUCACCCGUAAAGACUUCAGGGUCUCCAACCAGCGAGUCCCCUGCAGUGGUGGUCAGCACGGGGAUCAGGAAUGAAGAUUUUAAGGCCCUGCUACAGAAGAAGAGCAGCAAAACCAGCCCUGGUACCCGGCCAUCUGCAGCUGAACUGCUCAAGACCACAAACCCGCUGGCUCGGAGGGUCAUGAUGGAGUUUGCCCCUGAGCUAGAUGGUGCAAAUAGCCCCAAGAGCCAGCCCUAACCCUGCACAGUCCCUUCUGGCUAUAAAGGGCUUGAGAUGGCUGCAGAGAGAGUACUGCUCUGGGCAGUAGCUUUACGCACUCAGGUCUCUGCAGAUGGGAUAUCUCAGGCUUCCCAUGUGAGUCCAUGUGCCCUCCUGAAGGUUUUAUUUUUCUUUUUUUUCUUCCUUGGCAAAUCUUCUUUUGAUGUUCUCCGGGAGGAGAGCAGCUGACAGAGUGGCAGUGUUUUGACCUGAGGACACCACGGCUCUAGUGGAGAUGGGAUAUGUCAAGGGGAAAGA